AUGCCCACCGACAAGAUCUCCAAAAGGUGGCUCGAGGGCGCGACCGAAUGGGCUCCCGAGGACGACUGGGACCCGCACGCGUACUGCGAGUGGCUGCACCGCCUCGCGGAGGCGAAGAACGGUCUUGCAACAAAGUGCCGCGACAUCGACUGGGCGCUCAUUCAGGAGGUCAAGGCGCUCUGCGACAAGCACAAGUCCGGCUACAAGUCCGGGACAAAGGACGUGCAUGUCACGGACGCUGGCAAGAUCCUCGUGCGCUACAUCAGCGCCUACAAUUGGUACACGCGCGCCUCGUUCGAGCAGGUCGAGGACAACCGCAAGGUUCAUCGUACCCUCAUGCAUCUUGGGGACCUGGGCACUGCCAUGAAGCAGUAUGAUGUUGCGCGGAUGUUGGAUAAGGCUGCGAAUAAGGUCCACAUGGACAAAGCCGUCAAGGAGAUAUUCGCUGAGUUCAUGAAAGACGCCGAAGCGGGUCUACCAGUCUGUCUCGACUGGCGCAUGAAGCUCAACCCGCACGAUUCCACCUCGAACGCGUUCUUCGAGACCCUGAUCGACAAGCGCCAGGAGAAUGGCUCCCUCCCCAAGGUCUCGGAGCUGGGCCCCAUCAUCGAGCAGCUCAUAAAGGACCGCCCGAAUGCUUUCGCAAAGUGGAUGGUUACGGAUAUACCCAAGGUAAUCGAAUCCGACAAGCGACUCGAGCUGCUCGUGCGCCUGCGCACUGAUGCCGGUCUUCCAAACCUCGCUGAGAACUUUGAGAAAUCGUACAUCUGCCUCAAGCCGCUGGUGGGCUCGCCCGAGCUCGGGUUCUUGCUCCAGAAGGCUGGCAGGCUGGAGAAGGAGAGUCUGUCAUGGGAGCAGGUGGUUGGGCCUGCGGUCACGGCGAUCCAGAACAUGGGCCUCCAGUCGAAGGGCUGCAGUGCUGAAGUGCUGGCGGGUAUUGCGAAGGAAUACAUGAGGCCUGUACUCUAA